UCUGUAAGCAAACCUCUAUAAUUUUGGGCAAAAUAAACUGUAUUGCCACUUUUGACAGGAAAUUCCCACGCAAAAUUCUCCUGAUAAACCAGGUUUAGCUGUGGCUAUAGCUCUAUUUUAAUAUUUUGGGGAAAUACGGAUAUAAUAUAACAAGUGAUAUCUCACUAGGUUGAUAAAAGUCAGGGUUUAAGUUCAAAAUUCGACGAUUUUUCGAGCAAAAGAAAUAUGGCUAUUUCUCUCAAACUUUAUUUUGAACUAAUUAAUAUCGUACUUAACAAGUGAGAGAUACUUUGAAAAUAACAAUUAUGAUACUCAAUAACUUAUCAGGAAGAGCAUACUAUGAGUUAUUUUCUAAAGACUCUUGCAAGUCUAGGCUCUUAGAUGUUAUAUAUUGUAUUAAUUACCCAAAAUUUCCCCAAAAAAUAUCUCCUACUCAUCAUGUUAUUGUGAGAGGAAUACUUUUCCUUCAAUUUUAAGUCCUCAGUGUGAUACAGGAACCUCUUUGAGGGAUAUAAAUGUUAUCGACCUGAAUUUGAUAUAACUUAUUCUCAAACAAUAUUGCUCCACACAGAUUUCAAUAAUUUUUCCUACCUUUGUAUUAUUAAAAAACCGGAUUAAAUUUCAAAGCAUUGAGAUUCAUCGAAUUAUGUAAAAUAAAGAAAAUCUAGAUUUCAAGAGUAAUAAUUUGCUAGCAGCCUUCUGCUUAAUCAAGAUCAUUUAGCACUUUUGUGUGAGACAUCAUCGCUUGUUGGUCACCAUAAAACAGGUUCUUCAAAAUCCUAUCAAUCGAUAGGGAGUGUCAAACUAUUUAAUUAAAUCCUGGCCAUUGCUAGGGAAUGUUGGGAGACAACCUGGACAGGACUAGUACCUACUUGGGCUUUUCUGGUCAACUCAAUCAUUGAUCUAUCAUCUGAAAUGUAUUGGCCCGAGCUAAUUAUAUUUCCUGGGGUGUGUAAAAUUUGUUGUCAUAGUUUUCCUGUACCAUUCGUAUAAAGUCAUAAGCAUUAACCAAAGUACAUGAAAUCUCAAAAAGCAUAAACCUCAUUUUAAUAUCAUAAUCUCUUGAUGCUAAGAGAGCAAAAUCUAGUGUCCUUACUAUUAAAAACAUAUCAGAUAAAACUUUGAUGAUGGUUAAAUGUUCUCUGCCUUUGCACUUUUUGUCUUAAAUGUUAUUUAAAAUUUCUGAAAUUUUUCAAAAAGUUAUUAAGAAACAGUAAACCAAAAUUAUCCAAAAUAUUUAAAAAUAACAAAAUUUCCAUAAUAAAUUCUUUUAAGAAAUAAUCACUUAUCGAAUGGAGAUUUUUACUAAUGAUCAUGAAGGAGUAAGGCUAUAUUCCCAAUAAUAAUACUUAUACUAUAAAAUAAAGAGCCUUAGUCUUUCGCCAGUUUGUUGACUCCUCUUGUGUUCAGCUUCCAUUAACCAGGUCACUAAAUGUGAUAUUAACCUGUGAUAUAGCAGAUUAAAAAACACUCAAGCUCUUGAAGUUAUCUCAAGUCCUCAGUUCAGGCAUGAAGAAAUGCAACAAAACUCUAUGCAAGAGAGCGGAUACUUGCCUAGAGAUUCCUUCCAAGAAAGAGGGGAGCAAAGAGAUAAAAUCAUUACCUCUCCCACUAAAAUUAUUUUCAAAAAGAGAAACUUCAGGGAGUUAUCAGUCACGGAUAUCAUGCCUAGCUUGAAAGCGAGGCUGACUGACAAGCAAGUGGCAUCAGUGAUACCGAAGAACUCCACAGGACUUAUUGCUUUCUCAAAACAGUUCUCUCAUUUCGUAACCAACGAGACCUUCUUAUCCUACUUGGAAGUCUCUGAUUAUCUCGAGAUAAGGAAAGGAUGCAAAUAUCUCUGGGACUGAUAUGAUUACCAUAUCUUGGAAGAGCUUGUGAAAAUGGGAAACCUGGAUAUCGAUCUCAGGGCUAACCUGUGGCUCUCAGUCACUCCUUACCAUAGGAAUCAGAGGAAAUGCAGAGAGAUUGUUAAAGCUAUUGAGGAAGAAAAUUCAUCAAGAUUGCGACAGAUAACGAAUCCUGAAAUCAUACAUUUAUACGCCAUCCAGGAAAAUCUUGAUUGUUGCUCUGUGUUUGAUAAUGUUUACACGAAGCUUCUUGAGAAAUCCAAAUCUUUCGAUUAUUUGGUUCGAAAAAUAACCCACGCUGUCGAAAAGUUCAAAGAUAUCAAGCUAAAUAACAGUAUUUAUGAAGAGGAAGACUUUGAAGUUCUGAUAAACCUCACCUUGUGAAAUAACAUCUUGCUGCCUGAACACUCCAGUGACAAAUUAGAAUACCUUGAUGCUUUGUACCAAGGUAGUAGGGAUGAAGAGAUAGCCUUCUGGAUCUCUUUAUGAAUCGCUGACAGCCAAGCUUACCAAAGAAAAUCCCAGAUCAAAAAGAUGGUAGACAUGAAAACUUUGGAAAUACUUGCUGAAAAAUACUGCCCUCAUCUGUAUAAAUUAAUGCUAGACUCAAAACAGUGGAAAACGAUCUGAACCAACUUCAUUGAAAAUUUUGGGUGCAAAUAUUUUGAUCACCCUCAAAGCCUCUCCAUCAUUGAUAGUUUUCUGGUUUCAGGCAUGAAAGGGUUCUACGAAAGAGUCUUGGUCAUUUUUAAAGACAUCGAAGACUUCAUCCAACAGUGUAUCAAUGAAGAAAGUAAAGAAAUAGGCACCUGUAAGUCCUUCAUGUCUUCUAAAAAUGCAAAGAAGGAAGCUUUUACAACCAACUUUGAAAGCGAAAGUUGAAGAAUAACACCAGAAACGGAUUUCAUAACACCAAGAAAGAGUGCAAGACAAUCAGUGAGAAACUACCUCAACUGCUAUUCAUACUCAGAGCUCUCAUUUGAAACAUUUGCUAACUGUAUUGGGCCGUUCAGCUCUUCAUUCAUCAUUAAGCUGACUGAAAAUGAUAUUAAAGAAGUUCAAAAACAGGCUCUAAAAACGAUAAUCGAAGGAGCUUCGUUUACGAUAAACGAUAAAAUUAUGGAAAAAGAAGAAUUCUCAGCCUUAAAAAUGAAGCUUAAAAUACUAAAUGAAAAGAAAGAGAAGGACUUGGAAGCUAUUCUUCUGAAAAAGCAGAACCUGAACACUUACUAUAACAUUCAACAGGAAGAAUUCCAACAGAUAGAAGAAUCUUAUCUUGAAUUCCAAGAUGCAUUGGAUCACUUGAAUCAAAAGAUCACGAUUCUUAAAGACACCCAGACAAUGAUCAAAAAGGAGAUCUGGAGGAAGAAACAACUCCUAAAGAUAGCUUGUAAUAACAAAACAUUCUACACUUCAUUCAAGAAGAGCAGGAUCUCAAGGUCAAAAUCUCCUUCAACUCUUCCAUCACAGAGAAAUUCAUCUAUGAAUGGGCCUUCUUCUAGGAUGGAAGAGAGAUCUGAUAGUCCAAAUAAUUCUUUCAGAAAGUCUACAAUCGGUGUCUCCUUCCCACCUGGUCUCUUCAAGAGUACUCUUCAAGAAGAAGCCUUGGAACUCCAGAGCCUCAAGAGAGACGUGCAAAACAUAGAAGACAAGAUUUCCUGUGAAACCGAAUGCAUUAAUUUCUAUAAGAGCCAAUUCGAACAUGUGAAACAAGACUACCAAGAGAAAAAAUCUUCUAUUGAUGACUUAAUGGAGUUCAAGAGCUGAAUAAUUGCCCAAGAGAGGUUUAUCUUAGAAAAUUAUGCAGCUGACAAGGAAAAGCUACUAGAAGGGUGUAUAACCCUUAUAAACUAGUCUUUUCCUUACAUUCUUAAUAUACCUAAUUCUUAAUAAAAACACUC